AUGUUGCUAGAAGCGGAACUCGAUUGUGACCGAGAGCGGCCUGGUGCCCCCGGAGCUGCUGCCCUCUGUACCUUCAGCAAGGCUCGAGAGAUCCCGAUGUGUGCCGGCUGUGAUCAGCACAUCUUGGACCGCUUCAUCCUUAAGGCUCUGGACCGACAUUGGCACAGCAAGUGUCUCAAGUGCAGUGACUGCCACAUACCUCUGGCUGAGCGCUGCUUCAGUCGCGGCGAAAGCGUCUACUGCAAAGAUGACUUCUUCAAGCGCUUCGGGACCAAGUGCGCCGCGUGCCAGCUGGGCAUCCCGCCCACGCAGGUGGUGCGCCGCGCCCAGGUCGUGUACCACCUGCAUUGCUUUGCCUGCGUGGUUUGCAAGCGGCAGCUGGCCACGGGGGACGAGUUCUACCUCAUGGAAGACAGCCGGCUGGUGUGCAAGGCGGACUACGGAAACAGCCAAGCAGCGAGGCCGAGGCCACAGCCAAGCGGACCGCGCACGACCAUCACCGCCAAGCCAUGCUGGAGACACUGAAGAGCGCCUACAAACACUUCGCCCCAAGCCGGGCGCGCCCACGUGCGGGAGCAGCUCUCAUCCGAGACGGCCCUGGACAUGCGCGUGGUGCAGGUGUGGUUCCAGAACCGGCGGGCCAAGGAAAAGAGACUGAAGAAGGAUGCGGGCCGGCAGCGCUGGGGACAGUAUUUCCGCAAUAUGAAGCGCUCCCGAGGCAGCUCUAAGUCCGACAAGGACAGCAUCCAGGAGGGACAGGACAGCGACGCCGAGGUCUCCUUCACUGGUAAGCCUCCGGCAUGAGCCGCCAUGGCUGACAUGGGGCCUGCCAAUGGCCUAUACAGCAGCCUCGGAGAGCCCACCCCCUGCCUGGGCCGGCCUGUAGGAGGAGGCCUCGGAAGCUUUGCACUGGAGCACGGAGGCUUGGCAGGUCCAGAGCAGUACAGAGAGCUGCGCCCAGGAAGCCCCUAUGGCAUCCCCCCAUCUCCUGCAGCCCCCCAGAAUCUUUGUCCCCAGCCUCUCCUCUCUAGCCUGAUAUACCCAGAUACCAACUUGGGCCUUGUCCCCUCAGGGCCACCAGGUGGGCCCCCACCCAUGAGGGUGCUGGCUGGAAAUGGACCCAGCUCUGACCUGUCCACGGAGAGCAGCGGUGGUUACCCAGACUUCCCCGCUAGCCCUGCCUCCUGGUUGGAUGAGGUAGAUCACGCUCAGUUCUGA